GAGGUCACAAAGCCCUCCACCAAAGGCUCCUCCCCCAGCUCAGUGCUGUCCACCCCAGCAGGGCCAUGGCCACAGCCCUAGUCUCCCGGCCCUGGGGAAGCUCCACUCUCUGUGACCACUGAGCUCCCACCACCCGUGAAGCCUAAGGGGCCGAGGCAUCAUGAACCGGCUUUGGAACAUCCGGCAUCCCCAGCAGCACCAGACCCCUCAAAAGUGGGUCCCUAUUCUGGGGGAGCUGCAGAAGACCCUCCAGAAGGGCGAGUACCUGCCCCUCCGCCCGCUGCCCAUGUUCGAGAGUAACUUUGUCCAGGUAACAAAUCGUGGGGGCCCCGUGUUCGUGCAUCACAGAGCCAACCGGCUGACCAUGGGCGUGGCUGCCUCCCUGCCAGGCCUGAUGCUGCCCGACAUCCUGCUGAUUGCUCAGCCCGCAGAGGGCAAGGACGCCUCCGGCCUCCUUCUGACCAGGAUGAUCCCACUAGACCUUGUCCACCUAUACGUCCAUGACCUGUCCUCCUGGCGCCUGAAACUGCGCCUGGUCACUGGCCGCUGCUACUACCUGGAGCUAGACGCCCCCGACCAUGAGGUGGGCUUCCUGUUCAACCGCUGGAUCCGCCUCAUCAACUUGCUUCGGGAGCCUGCCACCACCUGGGCCCCCAGGACCCUGCAAACACCCCCCCUGGACAUGUCCUUGGCCACAGCGCCUGCUUCUACCUGGCACCUCCAGGAGCAGGCCCACAUCAGACAGACAGCUCUCUCUCCAGGGGCAGUCCCUGAGCCCACCUUUCCUUAUAAGAUGCUGGCCUCUCAGAAGAAGAAGAAGAAGACCAAGGCCCUCAAGCGAAGAUUCAAGUCUCAGGCUGUGGGUGACUCCGUGCCUCUCGUCUGGUCCCAGCUGGAUCACGCAGGCGAUCAGAAGAAAGCCAAGGAGAAGUCCCACCCAGAUGUCCACCCUGACAAGUCCAACACCCAAGUCCACAUUUCUGGAAAGGCCAGUAUCACCAUCCGCACCAUCUUCAGCAUCAUUUCCAACACCAUCAACCAGUCACAGUCCUCUAAGCCCGGCACAUCUGAUUCUGAUGAGGCCCCAGGCAAGGGAGGUGUGAUUAAAAACCCAACCCGCUGUAUCUCCAACGAAAGCCCCGAUUUCACCUUCCUGGGCUCUUAUGAUCACUUAGAGACACUCCUGUGGAAGCAAGACAUUGAAGAACUAAUGGACCCGGAGUCCAGCACUUUAUCCUCUUCCUCCUUGGGUCCAUCUCCCUACCCACCACCCAUGUACCUCUUUCCAACUCGUAUCUCUCUUCCUGAGCCCUGUGACAAGGCCAAGAGCAUGGCCUCCCGGCAGGGCACAGGCCCACCACUCUCCCACAAGGCCAUGCCUGCCCCAACCACGACCCUGAAGGCACCCUUCAUCGUAGACCAGUCCCAGAAGGUGCCGGCAAUCCCUGCUCCAUCCCGGAGGUCCCCAGCAACUCGUGCUCCAUUCUGGAAGGCCACAACUGGAGGUGGCCUGUCGCAAAAGCUGCCACCUGCAUCAACUGUUUCCCGGAAGACCCCAGCCUUGCCUUACCCGUCCCGGAAGCCUCCAGCCCUGUAUUUCCCUCCCCAGAAGACCCUCCCUUCAUCUCAGCAGGCCCUGCCUCCCUCUGCUGGUCCCCCUCCCCCACAGACGGAAUCGCUCUCACUUGCCCCGUCCCGGAAGGCUCCAGCCUCACUUCCCCAGUACCAGCCGGCAGUUGGCCCGUCCACCUUGCAGAAGGCCACGGCCAAGCCAGAAGUGUUGCCCGUGGGAAUUCCUGGAGGGGACAUGCUGGAGAGAGGCAGGUCUGAAGAGAAGUCCAAGCCUGUGGUCUUCUUGGGAGCCCAGGAGAUAAACAAGGUGGAGAUGAGGACCCAGAAGAUGUCUCUGGAGCUGCCCUUCACCACCACCAAGAAGGAGUCUGAGGACAUCUUGAUCAGCAAGGCCCGGGAGCUGGCCCUGGAUGGCUUGAGGGGCCGAGGACUGUUGGAGGACAGGGCCUACAGGAUGAAGGAGGAGUUGACCCUGGAUCUGCCUGGCAUGAAGUCCAAGGAGGUGGAGCAUCAGAAGAAAUGGAUCAAGACCAGGGAGGUGGCCAUUGAGGGCCCCCCGCAGGAGCAGAGCAGGCCCUUCUCCGUGGAGGGGCUGGCGAUGGCCAAGCUGAUGAUCAUAGCCAACUCCAAAGAGAAGCACUUGAGACUGCCUGAGGUCUCACUGCCCUCUUGGCUCUCGGUGGCUUCUGGAACAUCCACUGUGUCCACAAAGGCCCCCUUGCCCUUCAGUCCCAGCCAGCUGACCUUCAUGGAUGGGCCACCAGUGAUUGUCAGGGAGCAGCCCGAGUCACACACCUGGGUGAAGGAGGACACGCAGAAGAAAUGGACCGAGAAGGAACCACCCUGGGACCCAGUGGAGCCUUCUAAGGUGACCCUCUACUCUGUGCCAGUCUCUGAUGGCCCAAAGAUAGUCGAUGACCCCCAGGUGCCCAUCGCCCUGCCUGCCUCAGGGUGGGAAGACUUGACGUCACAAUCUCCCCUGGAAGCAGCCCCCAUCUCCAGGAGCCCGGGCUCAGUCAGAAUCGUGGACUCCAUGAGGUCCCCUGGCUCAGUCAGGACCCGGGGCUCACUCAAGUCCCCUGGCUCAGUCAGGACCCGGGGCUCACUCAAGUCCCCUGGCUCAGUCAGGACCCGGGGCUCGCUCAAGUCCCCUGGCUCAGUCAGGAUCCGGGGCUCGCUCAAGUCCCCUGGCUCAGUCAGGACUCGAGUCUCACUCAGGAUGCCUGGCUCAGUCAAGACGCCCGCCACAGUCAGUGAGCUUGGCUCAGUCAAGACGCCCACCACAGUCAGUGAACCUGGCUCAGUCAGGGCACCUGGCACAGUCAGUGAGCCUGGCUCAGUCAGGGCGCCCACCACAGUCAGUGAGCCUGGCUCAGUCAGGGCGCCCACCACAGUCAGUGAGCCUGGCUCAGUCAGGGCGCCCACCACAGUCAGUGAGCCUGGCUCAGUCAGGGCGCCCGCCACAGUCAGUGAGCCUGGCUCAGUCAGGGCACCUGGCACAAUCAGUGAGCCUGGCUCAGUCAGGGCACCCACCACUAUCAGUACACCCGGCACAGUCAGCGCGCCUGGCUCAGUCAGGGUGCCCACCACAGUCAGUGCGCCAGGCUCAGUCAGGGCACCCACCACAGUCAGUGCGCCAGGCUCAGUCAGGGCACCCACCACAGUCAGUGCGCCAGGCUCAGUCAGGGCGCCCACCACAGUCAGUGCGCCAGGCUCAGUCAGGGCGCCCACCACAGUCAGUGAGCCCGGCUCAGUCAGGGCGCCCACCACAGUCAGUGCGCCAGGCUCAGUCAGGGUGCCCACCACAGUCAGUGAGCCCGGCUCAGUCAAGACGCCUGCCACAAUCAGCGAGCCUGGCUCAGUCAAGACGCCCACCACAGUCAGCAAGCCUGCCUCAGUCAAAACGCCCGGCUCAGUUAGAACUCCCGGCUCGGUCAGGACGCCCCAGCUGGCCAGGAGAAUAUCUCAAGAACCUGAAAGCAUGCUGAGCCAGCAUCCUCUGGCCAAGGCGGGGUCAUCCUCGGAAAUUCUCCGGCCUGUGCUCUUGGAAAUUGACGAUAGGAGUGAUGUGGUCACCAAGGCAGAGAUAACAACGGAAGAACAGGGCUCCUUUCACCCAUCGCCCAGCAUGCCGAGUUCCCAGCACUUUGAAUAGCAGGUUGCAGAGAACUUGCUCUCAGUCGGCAAACUGUCCAGAGGAGCCCAGCGGGGCCAGGCCCCAGGGUGCUGUGCACCCCUACUGUAGGAUGCAGAAUGCUGGAAAGUCCAGGCGGGGGGAUUUUCCCUCUCCGGUAGAGACCAGAGUUAUCUAUAAGUUUAUAUUUUGGGGGGGGCGGGGCGGGGAGAGCCCGCGGAGUAGCCCAGCUUCGCAGAGAUUAAAAGCCUGAGUCUGAGACUCAGCCAAAGUCCGCCUCAGUGCCUGUGUGUGUGCGCGCGCGGCCCCGAGGGGCGUCAGUCCCAGCCUGGAGGCAGUCUGCUCUGUCCCCGCCUGCGUCCCAGUCCGGCCCCGCAACGGCUCCCAUUGGAUGGGUCUGUUGGGGUCCCAGCCAAUCCGACCUGAGGGCCAGGUUUUCCUGAGCUGGGCGGACCCCCCCCCUCCAGAAGCCAGAGGCUCCCGGGAACCCCAAGCACAGUGGACCGACGACGCGUGGACAUCAGUCUGGUGAGGGCAGGACAGGUGCUCAGG